GAAGGAAGGAAAACGAUUUGCGUAAGGAAAGUCGGCAAUCAAAACUUGUCGUCGCGGUGUGUAGUGUGCCGGAAAGCAUAGUAUAAUUAUCACGUUCGGCGGUACGGGCGUUGUUUCGGGGCGUUUUUGAUGAAAAUUGUUUGGUGUAUCUACGAACCUACGUAUUUUAGCUGCAGUUGGUUGUAGGCAGAAGAUAUCGGAUAACUCUUCAAUCAUCCGCUUGCGACGGACGGACGAGACGAGGAACGAAGUCUCGUUUCCGGUGAAAUACAAAAGAGUGAUUGUUUUAUCACGCAGUAGAAUAAAAUAACCGAGUAGGCAGCCGCUUGAAGAAAAGAAGUUUUCAAGAUGGCUCCAGUACGAGGAGAUGGAAUGCGCGGUCUGGCGGUGUUUAUAUCGGACAUCAGGAACUGUAAAAGCAAAGAGGCAGAGAUCAAACGCAUCAACAAGGAGUUGGCGAACAUUCGAAGCAAAUUCAAAGGUGACAAAACGCUGGACGGAUACCAGAAGAAGAAGUACGUCUGUAAGCUGCUGUUUAUCUUUCUGCUUGGCCAUGACAUCGACUUUGGUCACAUGGAGGCGGUCAACUUACUCUCUUCCAACAAAUACUCGGAGAAACAGAUUGGUUACCUGUUUAUCUCGGUGCUGGUGAACACGAACAGUGAUUUGAUCAAACUAAUCAUCCAAAGCAUCAAAAACGAUCUGCAGUCGCGUAAUCCGAUCCACGUGAAUCUGGCGCUGCAAUGUAUCGCCAACAUCGGCAGUCGCGAUAUGGCCGAGGCGUUCUCGAACGAAAUUCCGAAGCUGCUCGUGUCCGGUGACACGAUGGACGUGGUGAAGCAGUCAGCGGCCCUAUGCCUGUUGCGUUUGUUCCGUACCUGUCCGGACAUCAUUCCCGGCGGCGAGUGGACCAGCCGGAUUAUUCAUCUUCUGAACGACCAACACAUGGGUGUCGUAACGGCCGCGACCAGUCUGAUCGAUGCGCUUGUGAAGAAGAACCCGGAGGAGUACAAGGGAUGCGUGAGUUUGGCGGUGUCGCGCCUGUCGCGCAUCGUAACCGCUUCCUAUACCGACUUGCAAGACUACACGUACUACUUCGUACCGGCGCCGUGGCUGUCCGUGAAGCUGCUUCGCCUGCUGCAGAACUACAACCCACCGACGGAGGAUCCGGGCGUGCGGGGACGGCUGAACGAGUGUCUGGAGACGAUCCUGAACAAGGCGCAGGAGCCGCCGAAGAGCAAGAAGGUGCAGCACUCCAACGCAAAGAAUGCGGUCCUAUUUGAGGCAAUCAAUCUGAUCAUCCAUAACGAUAGUGAGGCGAGCCUGUUGGUACGCGCCUGCAACCAGCUUGGCCAGUUCCUGAGCAAUCGCGAGACAAACCUGCGCUAUCUUGCGCUGGAAUCCAUGUGCCAUCUGGCAACGUCCGAAUUCUCGCACGAGGCGGUGAAGAAACAUCAGGAGGUCGUGAUCCUAUCGAUGAAGAUGGAGAAGGACGUGUCCGUGCGCCAGCAGGCGGUCGAUUUGCUGUAUGCCAUGUGCGAUCGCACGAACGCGGAAGAGAUCGUGCAGGAGAUGCUGAACUAUCUGGAAACUGCCGACUAUUCGAUCCGCGAGGAGAUGGUGCUGAAGGUGGCCAUCUUGGCGGAGAAGUACGCCACCGACUACACCUGGUAUGUGGACGUCAUUCUGAACUUGAUCCGAAUUGCGGGCGACUACGUGUCGGAGGAGGUCUGGUAUCGCGUCAUCCAGAUCGUCAUCAAUCGGGAGGAGGUGCAAGGGUACGCUGCCAAGACCGUGUUCGAAGCUCUGCAGGCACCGGCAUGCCACGAGAACAUGGUCAAGGUUGGUGGAUACAUUUUGGGCGAGUUCGGUAACUUGAUUGCGGGCGAUUCACGUUCCGCCCCGAUGGUGCAGUUUAAACUGCUCCACUCCAAGUACCACCUCUGCUCGUCGAUGACACGCGCUCUGCUGCUCUCGACGUACAUCAAGUUCAUCAACCUGUUCCCGGAGAUUCGCGGCACCAUUCAGGACGUGUUCCGGCAGCAUAGUAAUCUCCGAUCGGCGGACGCAGAACUGCAGCAACGCGCGAGCGAGUAUCUGCAGCUCAGUAUCGUGGCCUCGACCGAUGUGCUCGCCACCGUGCUGGAAGAGAUGCCAUCGUUCCCGGAGCGCGAAAGCUCGAUUUUGGCCGUACUGAAGAAAAAGAAACCGGGCCGGGUGCCGGAGAAUGCGGAAAUUCGUGACAAUAAGAGCCCAGUACCGAACAGCCAUGCUCACACUAAUAAUGCUCAAAAUAAUCACACAUCAAGUUCGAAUAAUGCCAACGCAAGCUCGGACCUACUUGGACUGAGCACUCCACCGGCCAGUCAAUCUGGCACACUGAUCGACGUGCUUGGCGAUAUCUACAGCACAGCCAACGGAAACAGCAACGUGGUUAACAAUUCCAAAAAGUUCGUUUUCAAAAACAAUGGUGUUCUGUUUGAGAACGAUUUGUUGCAGAUUGGCGUGAAGAGCGAAUUCCGGCAGAAUCUGGGCCGCUUGGGUCUGUACUAUGGCAACAAGACGCAAACCGCGUUGCAAAACUUUGUCCCCACGCUGCAGUGGUCCGCGGAGGAUGCGCUGAAGCUGAACGUACAGAUUAAGGCUGUCGAACCGACACUCGAGGCUGGUGCCCAGAUUCAGCAGCUCCUCACGGCGGAAUGCAUUGACCACUACGUUGGUGCACCGUCCAUUAUCAUUUCGUUCCGCGUGAACGGCGGUGCGGUGCAAAAAAUUACGGUCAAUCUUCCACUGACAGUCAACAAGUUCUUCGAGCCGACCGAAAUGAAUGCCGAGUCGUUCUUUGCCCGAUGGAGGAAUCUCGGAGGGGAGCAACAAAGGGCACAGCGUGUGUUUAAGGCCCAGCAACCACUUGAUCUUCCCGGGGCGCGCAAUAAACUGACAGGUUUUGGAAUGCAGCUGCUCGACAGCAUCGAUCCGAAUCCGGAUAACAUGGUUUGCGCCGGCAUCAUACACACGCAGGCACACAAGGUUGGCUGUUUGAUGCGUCUGGAACCGAACAAGCAAGCACAGAUGUUCCGCUUGACUAUCCGGUCGAGCCUCGAGGCGGUGACGCAGGAGAUAUGCGAGCUUUUGGUGGAUCAGUUCUAAACUAGCAGCAAUUGGUGCAUCCAUCGCAACGCGACAAACUAUUUUACAUAGCAAAAUAACACAAGGAACAAGGAAAGGAAAAUUGGCUUUAGAGAAAACACGAAAUAUUGAUGUCGUAUCGCAGCGCGAAACUACCUACAUAUAGCCUAGCCGGUACGAGGUGUGGGACAUUCUGUGUCGAAAAUAUGAACCCAUGUGUCAGGUAAGCAAUGAUUGAUUCUUUGCAAAAACUCUAAUCAUCGGGAGGAACCUAUCCACACACAUUGAGUUAAGUUUGUCCUAGAAGGCUCUAGUUAAAUUUGAAUUGAAAAAGGAUAUUCAUCCUGCAGACUUUGCUGGAUCUGAUUAUCGUGAGCCGCAUCUCGCAACACAAAAAGGUAGAAAAAUUUGGAUCUGGUACGCAUAAAAUGUGCGUACGAGGAACAGAUUGGAGAGCUUCGGAUAGAAUGCACUUGGGGCGGACUCAUGUUUGUGUUCACCCCCGUCCCAUCGUAGCGAUAAUUGUUGUUUAGGCUUCGUGCAAUUGUCCGAAGGGUCCGAUGAAAACGUUAUUCGACCAACAUAGAAAUUUAUGAUCAAACAACGAUAGGAUGAAAGCAAGGCUACGCAAAGAGAGCUGUAAACGCAAAAACAUAAUAUUUCACUCUAAUCUUAAAAACAAGCAGAAAUCGAAGUUAAUUGUAAUAAGACACAAUAUGCUGGAUGGAAAUCCACGAGUCUGAAACACCUCGUGGCACGGUCUGGAUUAUGUUUUCCCCUGCAUUUGGUGGAAGUAUUGUGUGGAAGAGGGAAAACGUAUUUGUGGAAUCAGAAGUAAUCUCAUUCACCGUGUAGCGGGCGAAGAAAUGACAAAGGUAAUACAUAGAUUAUAUUAAACUUUACAUACAAACAUUAAAUGGAAUGGAAUGGAGUAUAUAUAUACAUAUAUAAAAUGCCACAAUAUUGUAUUGUAGACGAGACUAAACUGUGACAACGAGAUUGGAGUAAGAUCGCGUGGGAAAUAAGACACUUUCAACGCGUUUGAAGCUGAAGUGUGAAGCACGAAAUUGCUUCUGAUAUUGCGUACGCUUGUGUGUAUGUGUGUCUGGGCAUAAAGUUAUGAUUUACAAGCUGACCAUAAAUCGCGCAUGGAUAGCAGGAACGCAUGUGCAUGACGACGGAACAAGUUCUUAUCACAAGACAGCACAGUGUUCUAUUUCUAGCUGCUAAAACGGAAGUAACGAACACAAAACACGCGCAGCAACCAAAUACACACAAAGUAAAGACCAGUAUCUAUGAUCGUCGAGCGAAAACAGAACUUGGCGGUAGAUGAGAUGCACAAAUAAUUCUCACGAUCGCAUUCAUCAUUACAAGUAUGCUCUUUAUAUACAAAUUUGUAUGCUUUCGGUUGCUUUUGGCUGUUGAAUCCUCCUCUCUUCCGGUAUGGGAUUAGUUUGAAUUGCUAUUGAAUGGCACCACGUGGAUGUUGGUCAAGAGACGGACAGAUGAUGACCGUGCAAUAAACUUAUCGAUGGAAAAAGAAUGGGAAGUGGAACCAUUGGAAAGAGCGAUGUGCUUGAGAGUAAAUUAGAAGUUUCGUUUUGUUUUUUUUUUUUGGUCCAUAAAGGAGACAUGAAUAUUAUGUUUUAAUCGUUGCAAACUAUACAUAUACUUAUUAAGUAAAGUGUACAUUGUAGAAAGUUGUAUUUAAAAAGAAAAAGAACAGGCAUAAUGAAUCACAAGCCAAGCAGAAUCCUUACAAAUUUGUCAAAGUAGAGUAAUUUGUUACAAGUAUAGAAAAAGAGCUCAUUUUCAUGCUUCGCUUCGAUGCACAUAGUUCUCAACGUACACACACACCGUUAGCUACGUAAACAUUGCUUGAUUUCUUCUGAUAAAAGUGAGACAAAGUGCAGGCUCGUAUCAGAAUGGUAUUGUGGAGCACGCGAAAUACUUGUACAUCCAUUUUCUUUCCCAAAUUUCUGGUUAAUAUUGCUAGUCUACACACUACGAAAAGAAAAAAGAUAGUAUAUUUAGCUUAGCGAUAGACUCAUGGAACAACACAUUGGCGAUCACAUUCCAAAAUUGAGGAACUGGGAAAUUUGUAGAAACAAGCUCUGAACAAAUGGCGCAUAAAAAGCAAUUGUCGACGCGAGCGUAACUAGAGGAGCUUAGAGACCUGACCAUGUGUAAUGCGUUGAGCGUCAUGCAGAGGACAGAGGAAAACUACACGCCAUGAAAGAGGGCAUUCUUCUCCAUCUGCGCCGACCGUUAUGUUGUGCGCGGUGUUGGACCAGAGUAAAAACAUAACAUAACGCUGAAGUAAAUGUAUCAAAAAGCAACGCUGUUGGAAAGUGUUUUACACUGAGCUCUGGCGUGUGUACACAGGAGGAAAAGGAAGAUAAAUCCGCCACA